CACGCCGCGAGAGAGGGCUUACGUUUAUUCAAUUUGUCCUUCUGAGUCACAUUCACAAUCGUGUUUAUAUUUUUAAAUUAAUAUUCCUAAUCUGUGUGAAAAAAGUUCAAUCAUAAAUAAAUGAACGUUUAAUUCUGAACGUAACAAUUAUGUCUAUGAUUUUUAGCGGUAAAAUGUGAUUUUAGUAAGUGAAAACAGUGAAAUAAAAAAAAUGGAAUUAAAGGAAAAGCUCAGUAUGUUGGUCGUGUGGCUGUUGGUUGCGUGUGCGACGGCUGCGCACGCGCUGCGCGUCGGCGUCGGCAUCUCUGACGUCACUGGGCCACCCGCCGAAAUCGCGUUUAUGGGUUAUGCGCAAUUAGAACAAACGGGUCAUGGUAUCCAUUUGAGGCAGUUUUCCAGAGCUUUCGUUUUCGAGGAUGGAAGUGAUGAGUCGGCAGAGAGGCUUGUCUUCGUGUCUGUUGACGCGGCUAUGAUGGGACAUGGUGUCAGAAAAGAGGUCAUCAAACGUCUCCAGAAACGCUACGGUGAUUUGUACGGGGAGCACAAUGUUAUAAUCAGCGGGACCCACACACACUCCACUCCAGGAGGAUUCCUUAUGGACUUUCUUUUUGACCUUCCCAUCCUUGGCUUCGUCAGGGAGACUUAUGCUGCUUACAUUGUUGGAAUUUAUAAGAGUAUCGUCAUAGCUCACAAUAAAUUAACUGAAGCACGUGUUUUGUAUGGGGAAGCUGAACUUUUGGAUGCGAAUAUCAAUCGAUCUCCUACAUCUUACUUGAAAAAUCCACCAGAAGAAAGAGCUAGGUACAAAUAUGACACAGAUAAGACCCUGUCUCAAAUUCGCUUCGUGUCUCCGGAGAAUAAGAUCCUGGGCGUGAUUAACUGGUUCGCAGUACAUCCGACCAGUAUGAACAAUACCAACAAACUGAUAUCUUCUGAUAAUGUGGGAUAUGCAUCGAUUUUGAUGGAGAAAGCUCUUAAUGGGAAUACCACGCUGCCAGGCAAGGGCAACAUAGUCUGUGCCUUCGCAUCCACGAACCUGGGUGACGUAUCUCCAAACACGAAAGGACCGCAUUGUGAAUUCUCAGGCAAGCCCUGUGACCAGGAGAAGUUAUUAUGCAAGCGGCCCAAGGAAAGGUGCUUCGCGUCAGGUCCUGGAAGAGACAUGUUUGAUAGCACCAGGAUUAUUGCUACUAAGCUGUUCCAAACUGCUAUGAGUGUUCUAAACGAGCCAGGUGAAGACCUGACAGGUCCUCUAGGGAUCAAGCACCAGUACGUGAAGAUGCCAGAGCAAGCUGUCGCUCCGUAUGACCCAGUCACUGAGACCUUCAACACGAGUACGACGGUGUACGGUUGUCUCCCAGCGAUGGGCUAUAGUUUCGCAGCGGGCACCACGGACGGACCGGGAGCCUUCGACUUUAAGCAAGGCACCACCACCUCCAACCCUCUGUGGAAUGCCGUCAGAGACUUCAUAGCAGAACCUACUAAGGAAGACAUUAAGUGUCAAGCGCCGAAACCGAUUCUGUUGGCAACUGGAAGGGCCAAAUUUCCCUACGAAUGGCAGCCAAAGGUAGUAUCAUGUUCUGUCGCGAGGAUAGGUGGUCUCCUAUUAGCUGCAGUACCAGGCGAGUUCACCACCAUGUCAGGUCGGAGACUUAGGAACGUCAUCGCCAAGACUGCACCAGAAGCAAAGAAAGUCGUCAUCGCUGGUCUCUCCAAUAUUUACUCAGAUUAUAUUGCUACGCCUGAGGAAUAUCAGGCGCAAAGGUACGAAGCUGCGUCUACAAUCUACGGGCCACAUACACUGGAUAUAUAUUUGAACAAAUACGUCGAGCUGACUGAAGCUCUGAUCUCGAGUAAAACAAUUCCACAAGGACCCGAGCCUCCAGAUCUAAGCACUCAGCUAAUAUCCCUAGUUCCGCCUGUGUUAUGGGACUCUGCACCUUGGGGUCACGAGUUCGGUGACUGCCUGAAGCAGCCCUUCAAACAGUACAGCUAUGGAGAUGUUGUUAUGGCGCAAUUUGUAUCAGGUCAUCCCCGCAACAGUAUCCGCCACGGGCGCUGGUACGCCACCAUAGAGCGACUUGAGUCUGAGGAAGAUGACGCCUGGACUACAGUCUUCACUGAUGCUGACUGGGAAACCAAGUACACCUGGAUCCGAGACUCCAAAGUGAUGGGAACGAGUCGCGCAGAAAUCGAAUGGGAGAUCCCAGUGGGAACUCCUAAAGGAAUCUAUAGAAUUCAUCAUUUUGGAAACUACAAAUAUGUCUUGGGUGGCAUUUACCCUUACCAUGGAUUUACGGACAGUUUCGAAGUGUCUUAGGCCUUUGAUUGACAGUAUCAGCUGUUUUACGGUGCUAAUGCAAUGAAUCUAAAGUGUUAGAGGCGGAAAGAGUCAUUUACAAAUGAAGUUGUCACAGUAAUACAUUUUAAGGUUGGUGUUUGUGUAUUUCAAUAACAGACGUUUUAUAAACUAACUGUGAUUGAGGAAUUCCCAAGGACUUUACUUGGGACCAGUUUUAUAUCCUAUAAUAUUUUUUGAAGUUUGGAUUGUAAAUAAUGCUAAGUUAUUUAGUGAUUUUUGGGACCAAUUUGUUAAUUAUUAACAUGACAGUGUUAAUUAUAUUUUAAAUUUCAUAUCUAUGUUAUAAGUAGGUAUUAUUUUGUUAGUAUGCCAAAAUUGUAUCAAUAAGUAUCUACGAAUUAUACGCUACAUCUUUCCAUUGGAUAAUGCAAAAAUUCUUUGUAAUUUACUUUAAAGUUUAUUUUAUUUAUAAACGCCAUUUCAUAGCGUUUACUUGCGCGGGCGCGUUGCGUUUCUCUUAGUCUUAAGAAGACAUAUAAAGCCAGUUGUAUGAUGAAAUUAGUAUUAGUUAGGUAACUAAUAUUGUUGUAAGUAUAUAGAU